CUGGAAUACUCCGCCGGAUUAAAUUUGACAGUGAAAUUGGUUUCAGAUCCGUGGAUUCUGGUUUUGUCUAACCAUUUCCAUUUCCCAUGGCAUUCUCAUCCUGAAAGCCCUGACAGUAACAGGAGCAUUUUCUCCACUAGCUUACUCUCGUUGAUCCUACAAUCGUGCGGACAUGGAGUCUUAGAUCCCACCGCCUUCGCUACACGGACGAACUCUCUCGCACUUUCUGUGAUUGUAAUUGUUUUCUGGGGAGAUCUGGCUGGUUUACGAACCGAUUGUGGUUUUGGAGCGACUGAACAGUUUGAUAAAGUUGAAUUUGUGGCGUUAGAUGCUCAAUUUCCGUCGACUUAAUGUAGAAGAUCUAGAACUGACAGUGGUUUCCGUACAGCUCGAAUCCCUAAAGUUGUGAUUUUUAGCGCUGAUUAGAGACCUUUGGCUUCCUCGCGGCUCUGGAUUACUUAAUCACUGAGUUCCGCUAUGGAGACAAUUCUUGUGGUGGCUCAGCAUAGGAACCAAUACUACAGCAGAAGCAAACCCGAUGGGCCGGUCCGAUUGGGUUCAUCCCCGGCCAGAGACUUCAGAGGGAUCAAUUGCCGGAGUUUUCAAUCCGGUGAAGGUAUACUCCCGACCCCAUUGAGGACUUGCUCUUCUCCUGUAGCCGCACGGGCAUGUUCUUCUUCUUUUUCUUUAUCUUUAGCGGAAACCCCAUCUGGCCCACAAAACGAUAUCAGCGUGCAGUUCAAAACAACUGCGACAAGCUCCCCAAUUAAUAUCGAUGCGAAGGUUUGUAAGAAGAAUAGGGCUUUUAGCGAGGAAGUCGCUAAUGAGAGCUUCUCAUUUUCUGAGCGUUGGGCUGGCCCCACGUACUCGAACUCGCCGCCGCCAAGUUCUUUACCAAUACCCAAAUUUUCGAUCCUGCCAAAGAGGAGCGUGUCGCUUGAUUUGGCCCGUUCCGCUCCUGAGAUCGAAAUGCAUUACCCGAUGGCCAAGUCUGCGCCCCCAUCUCCUUCCAGGUAUUAUACCAAUUCUACGAGGGAUAUCACGAGGGAUAUCUUUCGUAGUGCUGACUCUGCGACUAAGACUUUACGUCGCAUUCUCAAUCUCGAUCUUGAUGAUGAGUGAAGUGGUAGGUGUGUUGGGCUUCUGUAAAUAUGUCUACUUUGAAAACCUGGGUUAGUGUUAGAUUGUAUAUAGAGUGAAUAAAAUCGGUUGGUAGUGUGAUUCUGUACGAGUUUGUUUAGCUCAGUAGCUGUUGGUACAAGCGAUGGUUAGGGCUCUGGCCUGUCAACGAUCUCCGGAUUUCACAUUAAGGAUUGAUUUAUGGACUUUUAUUUUGGUCUUGGACGGCAUGUCAUGAUCGGAGGGAGUUACCUGUACUGUGUGGCUUUUGCGGCACAGUUGGAAGCUACAUUGGGACGUUUUGGAGGGAGAAGAGAAGCAGUGCAUCAGAAUUUGCUAGUUUAGUUGCUGGAGCUAUAUCUUUAUUUACUGAUGUUUAAUCUAUCAGGCCUGAAGGAAAUCAUAUUUCUAGGUGAAAAAGUUAUGAUAUUAAGUUCUUGGUAGAAGUUCUUAACAGAAUUCUUAAUUUUCACUAUUCUGUUCUUAGGUUUAGGUCUCUGGCUUCAGAAGCUGUUAUACUGUAGAAUCUUGAACUGACUCCUUACACCAACUCCUAUGCUUCUGUUUCAUUCCCCUUUUUGUCAGCGUCUUUUCUUGUUCUUAAACUUCAGCAUCCUUUCUAACUUUCUUUCUCAGUCUAUCAUUGAUUACUGUCUUAAAUGAAUAGAUGCAAGGUUGCCUAAAUUGGCUGGCUCAGAUGAGCAGCCUUCCUCGAACCCUUUACCCCCCUCUCAGCUUCUCCACCCUCUUCUUACUCACUGUUUCUAUCCUUUUACUAGGAUCUGACUCCUCUCUGUACAAUCUGGGAGGUAUGGUUCCCUUUGCCAUUUUCCUGGUUUUUAAGAGCGAAAAGUGGGAAGGGAGCUUCUGCUUCUUCAUUUUGUUGGCUUAUUCCAUGUUGCGUUGUCCUCUUGUAAGCUCCUUCUAGUUUCUUGUUCUUGUGAGUUGUGAGUGCAUAUUGUCCCAUUCAUCUUGAUCUCGGCAAGGGUUAUUAUCUUCCUUGGAGGUUAUUGAUAGUACCAAGUGAUGCUCAAGCGGGAGCCUGUCAGAGAAGAAUGUGGCAGGUGGCUUGACUAGGGAAUGUAAUUCAUGCUGGAUCUAGUUUUGAGAAUGCAUGCUGUUAUUGAUCUCUGCAUGCUCCUAUAACAGGGAGCCCAUCAGAGGAGCUGCUUGCUGUUCUUGGUCUUAUCGGUUGUAUUGAAAAAAGCAUACUAUCCAUAUUUGCUUGGUUGAUCUUUUGUUGCAUGAGUACCCUAAUGUAGUGGAGUCUCUAUGUAGUGUUAGAUUUUCUGCCUUCUUGGCCCUUUUCACGUUGUAUCAGAUUCCGAUGUUAGUAUCUUGUUUUGCAUUUAUGUCAAUGUUUAUGCCAUCAUCCUGGGUUGUGAUUGAUAUCGUUGUGUUGUUUCUCGAAUUAUUGACAUUAGUUGCUUAUGAAUGGUUAUGAUGGCCAUUUGCAUUGAA